GCUGGGAAGAGAAGGGAGGCAGUUCACGCUGCCGGCUGAGUCACUCCAAGCGUAUAAAAGCAAGGCCGAGUAGUCGGAGCCACUCCGAGCGGAGGCACGAGGCACCCGGACUUUUGGACAGGAAACAGAUCUUGCAAGCUGCAAGCACCUGGGAGAAGGAUGUUGUCACCCUUGCUCAUCCUCCCUCUGCUGCUGGGGACCACGGCACAUGGCCCCGUGAGCAGAGCAGCAUCCAGGGAUGUCACCACCUUUUUCCAGCUGGCUCAAGAUGACACUUGGGAGAAUGUUAAUCUCACCAGCAUGUCCUGUGAGGAUCAGAAGAACAGGACCUGGAUCACCCUGCAGCUGACCAACAGCAACCUGACAGAAUUCCCCAUCUGCCUUCCAGAGGCCCUGGAGACCUUGGAUCUCAGCAAUAACCUCUUGGAAGAGAUGAAUGGCACAGAGAUAUCAAACCUUCCACAGCUGCGUGUCCUCUCACUGAGGCACAACCACCUCUGGUCAGUGAGGUGGGGAUCUGAAACCCUCAGCAGUCUCCGCAAGCUGGACUUGAGCUUUAAUAAGCUGUCAUCUGUGCCAUCCUGCCAUGGUUCUGCCCUGCCUAACCUGAGGUGGUUGUCCUUGGCUGGAAAUCCCCUGAUUGAAAUCCAGCCACUGGCUUUUUCCUGCUACCCUCAGCUGCAGGUCUUGAACCUCUCUGCAACACUGCUCGGGCAGGAUGACAGCAGAGGAAUAAGGGACUCUGCUUUUGCCAUCAGCACAGAUCUCAACGAAGCCAUGAACAGUUCUGGAAACUCCAUCAAUGUACUUGAUCUGAGCGGGACCUUUUUUGAGAAAAUUCAACCAGAGUGGGCCAGAGAUUUGACCAACCUCAGAUCACUUCACCUGACAAACAUGCCACGGUUAAGAAGCCUCAGCAGUGACAUCUUCAAGUCUCUGCCUGGUCUCCAAGAGCUGCACUGUCAGGACUCGCGUUCUCUGGGUUCCGUGCAGACAGAGAUGUUUGACAGUGCUCCUCAUCUGAGCCAUCUCUCAUUUGAGAACUGUAACCUGAGUUCCUUUAAUCCUUGGAACACCAAUUCAUCGGAUGGCAUCACCAUCAACUUGUAUGGGAAUCCUCUGCUGUGCAACUGCCAGCUCUCCUGGCUGCUGUCCAAGCCCAAGACAGUUGUUCUGCAAAAGGCUUGGGAGACUUUUUGCACAUCCCAAGAAGAUUUGGGCAGACCUUCGACAUCCUUUUCACUGCUGGAGCUCUACAAUAAAUGCCAGUCAGAGAGCAAUGUUACACAGUCCAAUUCAAACACAGCCCUUCCUGAUCGUGAUGCUUUCAACUUCACCAGUGAUGAUGCCUCUGCUGUAGUAACAACAGACUCAGCUCUAUUGACCACAGAUUUGACUCACACCAGCUCCCUAAUCCAGAGGGAUGUGGUGAGCACUGCAGAAUCCAACCCAAUGCUAACCAAAGACACCUAUACCAGCUCCCUAAUCCAGAGGGAUGUGGUGAGCAUGACAACAUCCAAUCCAACAGAGCCCAUCCUAACAAAGGCCAACAGUUCCUCCCACAAGGUGGAGGCAGUUUCAGAAUCCACAAGCAAUACCCCUUCCUUGGCAUCUGUAACCUCCUUCCCAGUUUUUUUCGCAGAACUUUUUGCUCAGUCCCCAGAGCACAGCUCCACAAGUCCAGCCGGAACAAGUGGAACAGAACAGCUACAGAGAGGGCUCAGAACAACCGACACAACAUUCCCCCUGGAAGGGCCAUUGAACCAGAGCAACAGUGAUUAUUCCGCUGGAGGAACAGGAGUCCCCCUCACCACCAACCACCACACUCACUCCUUUACCACCCAUGCCAAGGAAGGUGCCCCCCAAACGAGCCUCCCACAGCUGAACUCUACAACGAGCAGUGCCCACUCAGAGCCAUCACCACAUUAUACCGAUGACUACGACUAUGAUGAACAACCAAAGGAGGAAACCCCAGUGCAAACAGCCCAGGUUGCCUGUGACUACAAUCCUUGCAGGCACCUGCAGAAGCCAUGCAGGGAACUCCAGAACAUAUCCCAGUGUUCAUGUCCUGGCACAUCGAGGGAAGAUGAGAUUCCAGACCCACCCAGGCUCAGAGAGGUGAUUGAAAUCACUGACAGCUCUGCACAGAUACGCUGGUGUGCCCCAUAUUCAGUUGUUCACAGCUAUGAGCUGAUGCUUCAUGCCCAAGACAAUGAGGACAGGAAGUUUGUCAUGGACAACAUCUACCCCACGGCCAGGCAGUACACUCUGUACAACCUGCUACCAUUCACCACUUACCAUAUCUGUGUGACAGCCUCCAACAAAGCAGGGUCAAGCCAGACAACAGGCCAGGAAAUUCCAGGUAAUUCGUGCACCAGCUUUAAAACAAAACCCAGCUACAAGUAUGUUUUUGCUGGUCUGUCUGCAGCAAGUGGACUCUUUCUCAUUACCACAAUUAUUUUGUCUGUAUGUCUGUGUAAGGCAUGUAAAAAGCCUCAGAGUGAGCAUUAUGGCACACACUUAGUCUCCUACAAGAACCCAGCAUUUGAUUAUCCCUUAAAACUGCAAACCUCUAAUUAGCUCUGGGUGAUUGUUCUACACAUUCAAAAUUCACUAUCUCCAUCACCUUGGUGUGUUUUUGUGAGAUUCUGACAGUGUCCUUCAGCAAAACCAUAACCCUGACAUUUCUAAGGGAGAGAAAACCACCAAAAAAAGAAAAACUAAUAAUGAAGGCAGUCAACCAGAAAAAAAGUCUUUGGAGUCCUCUUCUUAUGCUAAGCAGCAGCAAGCCUUGACACUAACUUUGAAAAGUUGUUUUUGCAAUCACCUACAAAUAGAGUAGCAUAAAUUUCACACAGUGAGAAGCUGCUUGGCCAGCUGUCUGCCUCCAGUAUCCCUCAUGAACACAGUCAGAUGAGAGCUGUAAUCCAAGGUGCAUUAGGCUUAGCAAGACGUACUCUGCUUUUAUUCACACAGCAAAGCUGGGGGUUCAGUUUUUUUAAAGGUAUUAUCCAUAAAGAGUACAGCUGAAAAGAGUGAGUGGGCUCAGUGACAAGAUGUUGUGCAGAUCUAACUCAUCUAAGUAAAUGUAGUGGAUGCAGAUGAUCAACCUAACUUCAGUUCAGGAAAAAGAAACAUGAAAUUUAAUUGUAGAAACUGAUUGUGCAGGAU